AUGAGUUACAAAGGAAAGGUUAUAUUAUUUGAUUGCGGAGUGCUUCCAGAUGGAGUCGGAAAGGGCACAUUGCCGUAUUUAGAUGCCAUUAACGACGAUUACGUCGACCUAGUUUUGAUAUCCCACUUUCACCUCGAUCACUGCGGAGCUCUGCCCGUACUUCCUCGCGAGACGGGCCAGCGCCGAACGCGUAUAUUCAUGACGCCCCCCACCAAAGAAAUCAUGGAGAGCAUUCUCCGCGACUACUUGGCCAUCACCGCCACGGAAGAUGAAGAAGACAGCAUCUACUCGGUGAGCCAGCUGGAGAAGUGCAUCAAGAUGAUGGAAACGAUCAAUUUCCACGAGGACCGCUGGCACAACGGCAUCAAGGUGAAAUGCUUCCAGGCGGGCCACGUGCUCGGCGCCGCCAUGUUCUGCGUGGAGAUCGACCGCAUCCGUGUGCUGUAUACCGGGGACUUCUCGCGCGAAGAAGAUCGCCACCUUCCCGCCGCGGAAAUCCCGCCGCUCCGCCUGAACGUCGUCAUCUGCGAGAGCACCUACGGCCGAAUCUCGCACGAAAGCCGGCGCGAGCGCGAAGACCGGCUCACGAAGGAGGUGGUGGACACGCUGCGAAAGCGCGGCAAAGUGCUGAUCCCGGUGUUUGCGCUGGGCAGGACGCAGGAGCUGCUGCUGCUGCUGAACGAAUACUGGGAAAAACACCCGGAAAUCAGCCGGCACGGGAACAUUGUUUAUCUGAACCCGCUGGCGAAGAAGAGCAUGAUGUUGUUCCAGGCACACAAACACACAAUCCUCUCACGUCUAGAAGAAAACCCGUUCGAUCUCCCCAACGUCGACAUCCCCGACCCCAUCGACUCCGUUUCCCCUUUUUUUUCCCCUCACCGGCAGUUUCUCCGCGACUUCAACAAGCUCCCGCCCUGCGUCAUCCUCUGCUCUCCCGCCAUGAUGGAGAACGGCACUUCGCGCGACGUUCUGGAGCGCAUGGCCAGCGGCGAGAACAAUCUCGUCAUUCUCACCGGCUACUGCAUGGCGCGGACGAUCGCGCGCCGGCUGCAAGACAACGACCGGAUCAUCCCGCUGAGCGGGAAGCAGAUGGAGACGAUCGACGUGAAGUGCAAAGUGGUGACGAUUAGCUUCUCGGCGCACUCGGAUUUCCCCGGAACGAGUUCGUUCAUUCAAGCGACAAAACCCGAACGCGUGGUGCUGGUGCACGGAGAGGUGUCGAGGAUGAACGAUCUGGUGAGCGGGCUGAAGGAGAAGCUGGAGGAUUUGGUGAAUCGCGAUUUGAUCAGCUUUUACACGCCCGAAAACCAGAAAAGACUGCUGUUCAGCUACCAUUCCCCCAAAAUCGUGAGCGUCCUGGGCAAGGCCGCCGAGCAGAACUGGCGGGAGAGCGGGAGAGUGCGCGGAGUGCUCGUGAAGAAGGAUUUGAAGUAUCAAAUAAUCGCGGAAGACGACAUCGAUAAGUUCACGCAGCUAAAACUCUGCAGAAUUCUCUAUCGGCAGCACUUUAAGACGCGGCUGGACUUCAACGCGAUUCUGGCCGUGGCGACGAUGAUCACCAACCAGGUGCAAUUCGACGCCGCAGCGAAGACGGUGCAGAUUGAUGAUGCGAUUUCCGUCCGACUUCACGCGCAGCAAAACCACAUAUUCGAGUACAUCAUCGAGUGGAGAAGCAGCUACGAGACGGAUCUCAAAGCGAACGCGCUGCUGAUGCUCGUUUUGCAGCAAGAUUCGAACGUCUUGUCCCCGCUUAACGCGCAGAUACUGUGUCCUCCGCAGAAAGAAGGAGACGCGCUGAAGCUGCCGGACUGCGUUUCGGUCCUCGACGUCACGCAGAAUGAGAAGAUGCAGAUGAUGCGCGAAGUGCUCGAGGAGCAGUUCGGAAAGGUUCAGAGCGAUGGAAACACGCCGAUCUGGAGAGUGGUGCUCCCGACGGACGUGCAAUUUGAAGUGGAUAUCAACACGUGGGAAGUUCGCUGCCAGGACGAGGUGCUCGCUGCGGCCGUUGCAGAAACCAUCGAAAUGGUGAAUCAAAUCGUGUUUCCUGUUUGUUUGAAAUUCCAAAAGUCGAGACGUUUUCUGCACCUAACGCAUUUAUUGCUUUUAGCGGAACGGAAGAUCGAAUGGAACCUGUAG